AUGUGGACUGCAAAUGCUACACAUCAACUUGAUUUAUGGAUAACAACAAUACCUAAAGAAGAAUCUCUUUCUUCAUUAUUCUAUCCUAUUCUUAUGAAAAGUUAUGUUGAUGUGAUCGGUCAUCCGAAUCCAUUACCACAUUUUGCUUCAGGUUUUUGGCAAAGUAAAAAUCGUUAUCGUAGUCAAGAAGAAUUCUUAGAUGUAGCAAAAGGUUAUUAUGAUCGACAAAUUCCAGUAAGUGUUAUUGUCAUUGAUUUUUAUCAUUGGACGGAACUGGGUGAUUGGAAAUUUAACAGUACAUGUUGGGCAAAUAUACCACAAAUGAUGAAUCAAUUACAAUCAUAUGGAAUGAAGUUAAUGGUAUCUAUCUGGCCGCAUGUGGCUGAAGACUCUGAAAAUUUUAUUACUAUGAAAACAGAAGGUUUAUUGACACAUGAUGCGAAUGGAAGUGCUAUAGUAACAAGUGAUAAUCUUCAUAUUCCUGAUCAGUUUAAUCCUGCUACACGAUAUUUCAUAUGGAAUAAAGUAAAAACAAAUUAUUUUGAUUAUGGAAUAAAAAUAUAUUGGCUAGAUGCUGAUGAACCAGAAAAAAGUCAACCUGAAUUACAAUGGUGGUAUGAUCGACAUGAUGUUGAAAUUGCAAUGGUAUGGGCAAGAGAACAUCAACGAACAUUUUGGGAUGGAUUAAGAGAAGAAAAAGAAGAAGAAAUAAUUAUGCUAAGUAGACAAGCAUGGAUAGGAAGUCAUCGAAUGAAUGUUGCAGUUUGGAGUGGCGAUAUUGAUUCAUCAUGGGAAGAAUUAUUAAAACAAAUUAAAGUAGCACAAAAUGUUGCCCUAUCAGGGAUAUAUUGGUGGACAACAGAUAUUGGGGGUUAUCGGCAUUCUGAUUUAGAUGACAAUCAAUUUCAAGAAUUAAUAUUAAGAUGGUUUCAAUUUGGAGCAUUUUGUCCGUUAUUUCGUUUACAUGGAGAACGUUACCCACCUUUACCGAACAAUGAAUGUGGUUUUUCUGGGGGUCAUAAUGAAGUAUGGUUAUUUAAUUAUAGUAGACAAAUUAUUGAUAUUAUUAAAUUACGCGAAUCUUUACGUGAUUAUGUUGAAUAUCAUUUAAAUAUUUCACAUGAAAAUGGAACUCCUAUUCUACGACCAAUGUUUUAUGAUUUUAAUAAUGAUAUUGAAUGUUAUAAUUCAGAAGAUCAAUAUAUGUUUGGAUCAGAUUAUUUAGUUGCUCCUAUUUAUACAUAUCAAGCUACAUCACGUUCAGUUUAUUUACCUGCAAUAGAUAAACAAAAUUCAGUUUGGCAACAUUAUUAUACGAAACGAAUUUAUGAUGGUGGUCAACGUUAUAAUAUUUCUACUACUUUAAAUGAUUUUCCACUUUUUGUAAAGAUCGCGUCUAAUGAUAUUGAAAUAUUAGUAUAUUGA